GCUCUCCUCCUCCUCCUCCCCCAGACCAGGACAGGCAGCUGGCUGAGUCACCCACACCAGCAGCAGCAGAAGAAGACAAACUGGUUGCCUGGAGGAGGAAAGGGCGGAGACUGGCAGGACUUAAAGGCCGGCUGCCAGCCCUGUCUGCCGCACACAGCCAGCCUUCCUUUCCGCCAUGGGUCUGUGGUUCCUGACUGUCGCCUGCAGCAGCCUCUGGGUGGGACUCGGGCUUGGGGGCGCCCCUUGCAAGUACCCACCCCACCUUUGGUGCAGCUCCAGGGAGAUCGCCCAGGCUUGCAAGGCAGAGAAGCAGUGUGCCAAGGUGACCUCUGCCCCUCAGAAGGCCGACCCUGUCUCCAUCAGCCUCUACUACGAAAGCCUGUGCCCCGCCUGCCGCUCCUUCCUGGUUUUGCAGCUCUUCCCCACGUGGCUGAUGCUAGGCGACAUCAUGGAUAUCACGCUGGUCCCCUAUGGGAAUGCAAAGGAGAGAAAAGGGGCCACCAAGUGGGAGUUCGAGUGCCAGCAUGGCCCAGAUGAAUGCCUGGGCAACGUGAUGGAGGCCUGCCUUAUCCACCUCUUUGAAGACAUGUAUUUCCCGCUCAUAUUCUGCAUGGAGUCCAGUGCCAACGUCACCCAGAACCUGCCAACAUGCAUGAAGCUGUACCGGCCUGACAUCUCCCUGGCCAACCUCACAGCCUGUGUGAACGGAGACCUGGGCAACAAGCUUAUGCACGCCAAUGCUGAGCGCACCAGGGCCCUGAACCCGCCGCACAAGUACGUGCCCUGGAUCGUUAUUAAUGGGAGCCACACGGAAGCUCUCCAGUCUCGCUCACAAGCCGCCCUCUUCAAAAUGGUUUGCGACUUGUACAAGGGAGAGCCGCCUGUCGCCUGCCUGGACAAAAAGAGCCCAUUUCCACAUUCCCAGCAGUACUCCUGCCUGAACGCGUAACUGCCGGCCCCGCAUUCCUCGAGCCCACCUUGGCCUCUCACCCAGUCCCUGGACCUGCAGCCGGAGCCAGUGCCCUGAAAAAGCCUCCCUCUCCCACACGACUGGAGUUGUCGUCGUCCUCCUCCUCCUCCUAUCUCAGGCGGAUCAAAGGAAUUGUUUCCGUCUGGUAACCCAGCCUGUCAUUAUCCUGUGGAACUCCCUGCCACAGGGGUGGAGUUCAGGUCUGGAAUGCAGCAAACAUCAAGGAGCUGCCGGGGAAGAAAAAUCACUGCCAGGCAUUUGCCUGGAAGGGGUUGGUUGGGGCUGAGCUCCACUCAGUCUGGAACAGCAGUUAACACUUUUGCUGUUGUUGUCAGCUGCAUACUCACUGCAAGGGUUGACCUUAUUCCUCUACUGAUUGUACCUCAGAAUGGAGAUUCUGCCUUCGAAAUAACAAUAGGGUUGGUUUCUUUUGGCCAAAUGGCUGUCCUGUCGUCUUUUGGGUCUGGGGCCCCGAGGGAGGAUGCGUAGGACCUCUGAGCCCCGACAGAUGUACUGUAUAUCUCCAAGCCAGACCCAAAGAAUCCUGGGAACUGUAGUGUGUGAAGGGUGCAGAGAGUUGUGAGGAGUCCCCCUUUUACCCUCACAGACCUGCAAUUCCCUGAGUUCUCUGGGAAGAGGGCUUGUUGAACCACUCUAGGAGGGUGUCGUGGAAUUACGACUGAGUUUUUUUUGAGGAGACUUAAUAAUGAAGCCAAAGCCUGUUUUAAGGUUGUUUAUUUAGCUAAGCGCUUAGCCAGAGUAGAGUACAGGACUCAGCUCUUUUCCCCAAAAUGGUGGUUAGUUACAGACAGUUAUAUACCUUUACCUCCGUCACAAUCACAUUGCUUUACUCUAUGUUACAAUGCUACAAUGAUGCUCUGCCCCCUGUUCCAUCCGUCCUCCCUCCAUUCCUGCAAUAUCAGUGUCCUUGGCACAUUUUCACUACAACAGCACUAUUCUCUAUUGUCUACGUGACCCCCUGUCUAGGGAAAAUGGCAGUCAGACUUGUUCAGUAUUGAUCAAAAUCCACCUCAAGGGAGAUAAAGGUCUUCUAACAUCCCUUAACUAAAUACACUUCCCAGCAUUAUUUGGGGGACAACACAACUGUUUAAAGUGGACUAAAUGUAUGGUGUGAAUCUGUAUAAGUAAACAAACUGUAUAUGAAUCCUACUUCUUUUUUUGCAUGCAGAAGGAUCCAGGUCCAGUAUCUCCAGGUAGGGCUGAGAAGUAAGUCAGGGCAGCAGUACGGUUAACCAUUGCAUAUACGAUCUAUUUCAGAGAUGUGGUGGGUGGAGAAAAACAAGAAGCCAAAAUGUUAGGAAAAGGAGUCUUUCACACCACAUGGUCAGUUCUAAAUGCUGUUGCAGCAAGUUUUACAAGUUCCUCCAGUAUUCCACUGGUGCAGGCACUCAGACAUUCAAAGUAUCUGUAUACACAGGUUCCACCUCCAUACUCAAAAUGAAACUGGGCCUGGAAGUGUGCAACAACCCCACACAUACCUUGCUACUUAAGAUUACCAAUGCCAGGAUGUCUGUCUUAUCGACUACUCUCCUGUUCCUCCCCCCCCCAACUGGGCAUCAUGAAAGACCCAGUCCUGGGCUCAGAAAGAAAAUAAAUAUCUGGUCCUUUUCAAAGUA